GUUUACAUCAUUGUUGGAGUUGUUGUGGGGAAGCUCUGUGUACCCGAACGUGAAUGACCGUUAAAUAGUCCAGUAACAGCAAUGUCUGGGAGAGGUAAAACUGGGGGGAAAGCCCGGGCCAAGGCGAAAUCACGAUCGUCAAGAGCUGGUUUACAGUUCCCUGUUGGCCGUGUCCACAGACUGCUUCGUAAAGGUAACUAUGCCGAACGCGUCGGCGCUGGAGCUCCAGUGUAUCUGGCUGCUGUGCUAGAGUAUUUGACAGCUGAGAUCCUGGAAUUGGCCGGCAACGCUGCCAGAGACAACAAGAAAACAAGGAUAAUUCCGCGCCAUCUGCAACUAGCCGUGCGCAACGACGAAGAACUUAAUAAACUCUUGGGUGGCGUGACCAUCGCUCAGGGAGGAGUACUGCCAAAUAUUCAGGCCGUGCUUUUGCCCAAGAAAACGGAAAAGCCAGCAAAAAGCAAGUGAUCGACACCACUGGGCAUAAAGUCCUGCGCCUAUGAGAGAAGACACACUUUGUUAAUGUCUCCAAAAGAACAUUUCAUACGCUGUUUUGGGUCGUAAACGUUUUGUGUAAUUUGUAAAUUGUGUAAAUUCAUUUUCGUUUGCUCAAAACUCAAAAGAAGUGAAAUUGUCUCGGUACUGUAGGCCCAUUUGACGCACUCCAUGAACAGCACCAGAGGUAUGGAGCACAACGAUGAACAGCCAUUUUGGAUCUCUGUGUAUUGUAAAGUGAAGCAGGAUUCUUGCCAUGAACUUGUCACUCGCCACCAGUGACCGACAGUUUGGGAUACAAUGUAUGGCUAGAAGCAAACUAAUGUCAGAGGUUUUAUUUUUGCUUCAUUCAUCGUGAUGAAAUGUGAGGAAAUAUGUUUUGAAUAAAUGUUUUGUUAUGAUA